AUGAACUUCAUUGUUAAUGAGCGGUUGAAGUGGGGAAGUAUGGAGCCGAAGGGCAAGCCGUUCGAAUUCGAUGAAGACAUCAAGAUACUAUAUAACGACUGGCCAUAUGGCAUCGAUGCAGACGUUGUGCACCUCGUCGUGUGGACCAAGUUUGAACUGGACGACGACCCCGACACUGGGCUCUCUACCGCAGAAUCCCAGAAACAAAUCGGUGAUUACGUACAAAAGACGUUUGCUCCAAAGGUAAAAGAGUUGGUCUGGUUCAAGAAUUGGAAGAGUCUGAAGAGCGUGCAUGCAGUGGAACACUUCCACGUCAUGUUGUACAGGCCGGACGCUGUGUUCCUAAGGGAGAUUACGAACGGCGAUGUCCCGAUGACUGAGAAGUUCGCCUAG